AUGUGUGACUUUUUCCUCUGGGGUUAUCUCAAGUCUAGUGUUUACCUUAACAAACCCAGAACAAUCGACGAACUAAAGGAAUCAAUUCGUGAAGAAGUCCGGGCGAUCGACAUAGGGGAGACCGGGGCUAAGGCUUACUUGUUGGCAAUUUCUAGCUGUAACACUCCAAUCCUGUCACUAGAACAUAUGGGAUGUUCGUUGUACUACAAUCCACCAUACAAUCCAGGAGACCAGAAAGAGUGCAGAAUUGACGAAUUACAAAAUUUAUCAAAACAAUCUAAAAUAAAACAACGUAAGGAAUGGAGGGAUAGAAAACGUAGAAGCCGUGCAAAUGCUAUCAAAAGACGACGCAAUCUAGAAGCCGUCUUAGAUGCGGAACAUCACAAGACCAUCCGAGACAGACAAAAACUUAGAAGAGACCGCAGUGCUUCGUAUCGACUAGUAAAACAACUAGAAAAAGAACUGGUACAUGCCACAAAAAAUAUAUAUAAACGUAGAGUUAGUCGUUUAAAGAAAACUAAAAUUAAUAAUGAAAUAGUACGAUCAAUAUCUCCAUUAACCAAACUGAAGUCAGAGUUCAAGUCAUUCCAGAGCCAAUUAAAAGAAAAUUCUUGUUUCAAGAUACAAUACUAG